UCCGUAUAAAACAACCAACCAAUCAAGAACAUUAGCACAAACCCUUUUGUAACCACUCCAUUAAAAAAAAAAAAAGAAAAAAAAUGGAGAAAGACAAAUACUUUCCUCUGUUUGAGACGAAACAAGCAAAAGGGAGAUUGAUUUACAGGGUAUUUGCAAGUUCUAUAUUUGUUGCAAUUUGUGUUAUUUUGAUUUACAGACUUAAUUACAUACCCAAGAAAGUUGGGGAGGGAAGAUGGGGUUGGCUACUUUUGUUUAUGGCUGAGAUUUGGUUUUCUUUUUAUUGGAUUCUUACUCAACUUCUCCGUUGGAAUUGCAUCUAUCGUUACUCUUUCAAAGAUAGACUCUCCCACAGGUAUGAGAAUGAGUUGCCUAAAGUGGACAUAUUCGUAUGCACGGCAGACCCAGUAAUAGAGCCACCAAUAUUGGUGGUCAACACUGUUCUAUCGGUGAUGGCCUAUGACUACCCGCCGGAGAAGCUUAGUGUCUACGUAUCAGAUGAUGGUGGCUCAAUAUUGACAUUCUAUGCUCUUUUUGAGGCCUCCAAAUUCUCUAAGAAUUGGCUACCUUACUGCAAAAUGUACAAGGUUGAGCCAAGGUCCCCUGCUGCUUAUUUCAGAUCAUUGCCCAAACCUGCUGAUGCUACUCAUUCCAGCCAUUUGGCAUCCAUCAAGAAAUUGUAUGAAGAAAUGUACAAGAGGAUUGAGACAGCAACAAACCUUAGCCAGAUUCCAGAACAAGUAGGCAAUCAACACAAAGGUUUUUCCUUGUGGGAUGACAGCUAUACUUGUAAACGUGACCAUGACACCAUUCUUCAGAUAUUGAUUGAUGGAAGAAAUGAGGGAGCAAUAGAUGUGGAAGGUAACCAAUUGCCCACACUUGCAUACCUAGCUCGUGAGAAAAGGCCUCAACAUUUCCACAACUUCAAAGCUGGAGCUAUGAAUGCAUUGCUAAGGGUAUCAUCAGAAAUAAGCAAUGGAUCGGUUAUCCUCAACGUUGAUUGUGACAUGUAUUCGAAUAACUCACAGUCUAUUCGUGAUGCACUUUGUUUCUUCAUGGAUGAGAAGCAGAGUCAAGACAUUGCUUAUGUUCAAUUUCCGCAGAAGUUUGAAAAUACUACCAACAAUGAUAUAUAUGGUUCCGCCCUUCAAACUAUCAGUAAUGUGGAAUUUCAUGGAUUGGAUGGCCUAGGAGGUCCACUGUAUGUUGGAACUGGAUGCUUCCAUCAGAGAGAAAUCUUAUGUGGAAGAAAAUACUCUAAGAAUUACAAGAUUGAAUGGAAGACUACUCCAAAUGUGAAACAAACUGUGCAAGAAACUGUGCAAGAGUUGGAAGACAGAGCCAAAUCACUUGCUAGCUGCACCUAUGACCUAAACUCCCAAUGGGGAAAACAGAUGGGAUUGAAAUACGGGUGUCCAGUGGAAGAUGUGAUAACAGGGUUAGGAAUCCAGUGUCGUGGAUGGAAAUCGGUCUACUUGAACCCGAAAAGGAGUGCUUUCUUAGGUUUGGCAGCUACAAGUUUGGAUGAUUCAUUAGUGCAACACAAAAGAUGGAGUGAAGGUGAUCUCCAAAUCAUGCUAACACAUUGUCCUUUAUGGUACGGCCGUAACAGGAUCCCCUUAGGCCUUCAAUUGGGUUACUGUCACUACUGUUUCUGGGCAGUUAACUCCCUUGCAACCCUAUCUUAUUGUACCAUCCCUUCUCUCUAUAUGAUUGGAACCAAUUCCUUAUUUCCUCAGUUAUCAAGUCCAUGGAUUCUCCCUUUUGGCUACAUUAUUAUUGGCAAGUACAGCUACAGCUUAGCCGAAUUCCUAUACACCGGAGGCACGGUUUUAGGAUGGUGGAACGAACAAAGGAUGUGGCUCUACAGGAGAACAUCAUCAUAUCUGUUUGCCCUCAUUGACACCAUUUUAAAGGUGGUUGGAUUUUCUGAAAUGAAGUUCGUGAUCACGAGCAAGGUGGCUGAUGAAGAUGUGUCUCAAAGAUACGAGAAAGAGAUGAUGGAAUUUGGAGUUGCUUCUCCCAUGUUCACAUUGUUGACAUCCCUCGCUUUGAUAAAUCUGUUUAGUUUUGUUGUCCUAAUCAACAAGUUGUUGGUACAAGAACAGAGGAUAUCGAUUACCAACAGAUUAAGCUUGCAGAUUAUACUAUGUGGUGUCUUGGUAUUAAUCAACCUCCCAUUGUUUAAAGCUGUUUUUAUUAGGAAGGACAAAGGCAAGAUGCCUACUUCUAUUGCUAUGAAAUUCUCUCGUUGGUCAAUAUUAGUAGCUGUACUACUGCUAGCUCUGUCUAGCUUGCAACUGGCAUUUGGCCUUAGGUUUGUAAUUGAUAGAGAGGAGUGUUUCUCCCAUAAUGUUCAGUUUGAAUGGGAUACAGUCCAUGUUUCUUAUGUUGUGAUUAAGUCUGAUUCUCCUUGGCGUACGGAAGAUGGUGUUGAUUUAGUGGUGAAAGGACCUGAAGGCGACCAGAUCCAUGACUCGCAUGAUAAAAUCAGUGAGAAGUUCGACUUUUCUGCUCAUAAAAAAGGACCUUUCAAAUUCUGCUUCACUAAUAAGUCACCUUAUCAUGAAACCAUUGACUUUGAUGUACAAGUUGGACAUUUUACAUACUAUGAUCAGCAUGCAAAGGAUGAGCAUGUGAAACCUUUGAUAGAGCAGAUUGAAAAGCUAGGUGAAUCUCUUUACAAUAUUCAGUUUGAACAGCAUUGGCUGGAGGCACAGACUGAUCGACAAGCAAUAGUGAAUGAAGCAAUGAGCAAGAGAGCAAUCCAUAAAGCGGUUAUGGAAUCGUUUGCACUUGUUGGCGCAAGCGUGUUGCAGAUAUAUCUUUUGAGACGGAUGUUUGAAAAGAAGCUCGGAACUUCCAGAGUCUAAAAACCUUACUAUAUUAUUAUUCUCUAUCUUGCCAGUUUUUGGAAAUAGCAUAGCUUUGUUUUUCUGGUAUAUUUUACCAUAAACCUUCUACUGUAGAGAUCACAAAUGAAUAUCAAUAGACUUUCCCAAUCAAGAUUUGUUACAA